AUGGAGUUUGAUGGUAGUUGUGCAGUGUUAGGUUCUAGUGCAGGGGUAGUGUUAAUACCACCUUCUGGCAAUCCUAUUCCUUUUUCUUUUAAGCUAGAAUUCAAAAAUACCAACAAUACAGCUGAGUAUGAGGCUUUGUUGCUAGGUUUAGCUGAAGCUAAGAGAUUGGGGGUGAAACUCUUGCGGGCUAAAGGAGAUGCUGAACUAAUUGUAAAACAGGCCAGAAGGUUGUUUAGUGUUAAAAAUGAGAGGCUGAAACACUAUCGAAAUAGAGUUUGGGACGAAAUCGAGGAUUUAGACGCAUUUUCCAUUGAAGCAAUACCUAGAGAAUUGAACUCAAAAGUAGAUUCAUUAGCAGUCUCAGCUUCAUUGCUAGUUCCACAUCCCAAAUUUGUUGAGGAUAUUUACAGGGUAGAGUUGAUAUAUCGACCCAAUGUCCCAGACAACUCUGAUUCUUGGCAGGUAUUUGAGAAUGAUAAAAAAAUAAAUAACUUUAUGCAAAGUGUAGACAUGUUUUUUGCCAUGUAUUUUGAAGGUUCAGAUGCAGAGUGCAAAGAAUUUUCACUAGAACGAGCCAAGGAGUUGCCUGAUGGAAUCAUGCAGUUGAAAGGAAACAAGAUUCCUAAAGGGCUGGUUUCUUUGGAGCAUCUAUUUGAUCGUAAUGAUGCCUACAAGAAUAAUAAAGAAAAGGAAAGGUUCAUUAGCCUCCUGGUGGAGUUCAAGGAUGUGUUUUCUUGGUGUUAUGACGAUCUUAAAAAUUUCAGAGAAGGAAAAUUCAAGCACCAGAUUCCCCUGAAGCCUGGAGCAAGCCCUUUCUGA